CUUGUGUGAAGGGUUUUCCCAGGCCGCCACACAUACAGUAAAGCCUACUGACUACCUGGGGAUGUUAUUGUUUCUUCUGGUGUUUUCUGAACAGCAGAUUUAAUGUUCCCCUACUCGCAUCACUUCAUAAAUGUGUUGCAAGUGCAGUUUAGGGGAAUCCCAGCGUAUGAAUGGGAAAUAAUAGCACAAGGAGAGUGCUCAAAUCCCUCCUAUUUUAACGGGAAGUUUUAACAACGGUGGGGAAUUUCAACAACCUGGCAACCCAAUCGAUUUCGCGGCUCUGGCUCCAGUGACGUUUGGAUUCAGGAAGAGGUAGGGCUUUACCAGCUCAGACGCUGCUAGCAAAGAUGGCGUGUGGUGACAUGCAUAAAUCCAAUCCUGAUGAGUAUCCAUUCUCCAGAUGUAUGGCUGAAAUGGAGAAGGAGAGGGAGUCAUACUUAAGCCCUACAGAAAACCCAUCCACAAUUAGUGUCUCAUCCGGCACCCAAGCAGAACAGCAAGGCUACGAUGUUGACUUUGACCCUCCACUGGAGAGCAAAUACGAGUGUCCCAUCUGCCUGAUGGGUCUAAGGUCAGCUGUGCAGACACCAUGUGGCCAUCGCUUCUGCAACAGCUGUAUUAAAAAGUCCAUCAGGGACACGGGGCAGAAAUGUCCAGUUGACAAUGAAGUGCUGACAGAGGACCAACUUUUUCCAGAUAACUUUGCCAAGAGGGAAAUCCUCUCUCUCACUGUGCGCUGCCGCAAUUUUGGCUGUAAUGAGAAAAUGGAGCUCAGACAUUUUGAGAAUCACUUGAAGCUCUGUGAAUUUGCCACAGUGCCCUGCCUACAGUGUAAUGAGCCUGUAUGGAAGAAUAGUAUAGAGGAACAUAUGAACCAGGAGUGUUUACAGCGCCUGAUCACAUGCCCUGACUGUGCAGAGAAUAUCAUCUAUGCUAACAAACAGUUUCAUGAGCAGAUGUGUCCCUUCGUGAAUACAGUGUGUGAGUACUGUAACAUGGAGUUCAUUCGGGGUCAGUUGUCAUCACACUGUGCCACAGACUGCCUGAAAGCUCCUGUUGCCUGUACUUUCAGCAUGUUUGGUUGUCAAGAAAAGAUGGCAAGGAACGACCUGGCCCUUCACAUGCAGGAGUUCACUCAGAUGCACAUGCGCUACAUGGCCGAGUUCCUGAAGAACCAGACUAUGAACGGCAUUCCUCCAGCUCCAACAUGUGGCCCUUCGUGUUCUUCCCCAUCUGAGCAUGGUGCCUCUGCCAGGGUGGGAGAGCCAUGCCAGUGCAGCCAGGACAUGCAGCAGCUACGUGAGACUGUUGUGGAACUCGAGGGCCGCCUCGUGCGCCAGGACCACCAAAUACGGGAGCUGAGCAUUCGCAAUGAUACACAGCAUACGCAGCUAACGGAGCUACGCAAGAAGCUGGCGUCGCUGGAAGAGAAAAUGCACGAGCUGGAAGCUCAGCAGUACCAGGGUGUCUAUGUUUGGCGAAUCGAGGGAUUCUCAGCUCACCUGCACCAACAAGAGGCCGGACAACCAGUUGUGCUCCAUAGCCCACCAUUCUACACGGGUAGACCGGGCUAUAAGCUGUGCCUGCGACUGCACCUGCAGACACCAAGCGCACCACGUUGCUCUAACUACAUCUCGCUGUUUGUGCAUACAAUGCAGGGUGAGUUUGACAGCCAGCUCCCAUGGCCCCUGCAGGGCACCAUCCGGCUGGCUGUGCUGGACCAGGCUGAAUGCCAACACCAUGUUGAGAUAAUGGAGACCAAACCAGACCUACAGGCCUUCCAGAGGCCCACAGUGCUGCGCAACCCCAAAGGCUUUGGCUAUGUCACCUUCAUGCAGCUGCAGGCGCUGCGCCAGCGAGGCUUUGUCAAGGACGACGUGCUGCUGGUGCGCUGUGAGGUCAUGCCACGUUUCGACACCAGUCUCAGGAGAGAGGGCAUGCAACCUCGAGGACCUGAACCAUCCCUCUGAGCUCGUUGUAAUUACUUAAUCACAUUGCUGUUGCCUUAGUUCUCAGAGACACAUCCUACUAGAGCCAAAGUUUCCUUUUGUUUUAAGAGAUCAUCAUUACAUUACGUUUAUGUACGACUUUGAAGCAGCGAUCUAAAAGGACUAUGUCUUGAAGUACCACAAACAAAACAGUACAUUGCUUUAGCGUUUCUGAAAUGCUGAUUAAACAGGGGCAUCAUAGAUUCGCCCACUGAAAGAAACCAGAAGUAUUAAGAGCAGCUCUAGGGGGUGUACUGUGAAACCAAGAACCUGCUUCCUGUGUUUGUUUGUUUUUGGUUUUUUUUUUUCAUAUAAUUUUCUUAAUAACUGAAUAGCAUUUUGUGAACGAAUGCCAUCAUCCUAAAGGAAAUGGCGGUGUGUAGCAAAACUAAUAUCUGUAGGUACGUCUACCCUGAAUGCACUGGAGAAAGUAAAACAAUUUCAUAAUAACCCCCUUUUGUAAUUGAUAAUGUAUGUGCUGCCAUAGGUUCAUCAUCACACAAUACCACUAAUAGAAAGAAAUAGGGUCUUUGGCUGAACAACAGUCCAACAGAGCUAUUCAAUCAUAAAGGAAUGCACAAGCCUCAAGGUGAAUCAUGUCAAGUAUACAGCCAUGUGAAAAAAUAAGUACACCCCAUGGAAAUUGUUGGCUUUUUUGACUCAUAAGCAAACAUUUGGUCAUCUUUGAAAUGGUGCCUAUUAAUAAAGUUGAUCUGCAUGAACAAAACCACAAGGAAAAUUAGCUUUUCAAUCAUUUAUUCAACAGAAAUUUCAAUAAAGUGAUAUUCUUCUGUGGAAAAAGUAAGUACACCAUUGGCCUCAGAAGCUAGUACUGCCCCCUUUAGCAGAAGUAACUUCUUGUAGGCGUUUUGCAUAAUUGUCCACUAGACUUGCUGGAAUUUUUGACCACUCUUCCAUGCAAUAUUCGUUCAGUUGCAAGAUGUUUGAGGGUUUUCUUGCAUGUACUGCCGCUUUCAAAUCCCCCCAAAAAACAUUUCAAUGGGAUUCAAAUACAGGCUUUGACUAGGCCAUUCCACAACCCGACAUUCUUUGCUGGAUUUGCUAGUGUGCUUAGGAUCAUUAUCUUGUUGAAAUGUCCACUUUCGGCUCAGCUUCAACUUUCAGACCGAUGGCCUCACAUUAUCUUCAAGCACUCUUUGAUAUGAUGCAGUAUUCAUAGUUGAGUCAAGAAUGCAAGCUGUCCAGUCCCCGAGGCAGCGAAGCAACCCAAACCAUAACAUUUCCACCAUCAUGCUUCACAGUUGGUAUGAGGUACUUCUCAAAAGCUGUCUUUGGUCUGCGCCAAACAUGUCUGCUCUUACUGUGGAGGAACAACUCUAUCUUUGAUUCAUCUGUCGAGAGCACAUAAUUCCAAAAGGCCUGGUUUUUGCCUGUAUGCUCAUUGACAAACUGUUGUCUUGCAAAGGCUUUUUCCUGGCACACCUCUCAUGCAGCUCAAAUUUGUGCAAUCUCUUUCCGACUGUAGAAGCAUGCACUUUGACACCAAUAGUUGCAAGACUUACUAGCAGAUCCUGUGAUGAAAUUUUGGGCUCUUGGGCUGAAUUUGCUGGGACGGUCACUCCUGGACAAAUUGGCACUUGCUUGAAAUCUGCACCACUUAUAGAUGAUUUUCCUUACAGUGGAAUGAUGUAUUUCAAAUCCCUUGCCAGACUUAUAGGCAUCCACAACCUUUUUUUUCUGAAGGCCUUACAAAACUUUUUAGCUCUGGGCAUGAUGACACCACAGACCUCAACAACAAAGGGAACACCAGACACUAGAUAUGAGAGGGGUAUAAAUAAGACAGGUUCCACCUGCACUCCCUAAGCAGGUUCUAAUCACUGGCACCCAAUCUUGAACACCUGCUUCUAAUUUUAUGGACUUGAAGGUGUGAUAAAUGUAGGGGUGCACUUACUUUUUUUUUUAACAUGUGACUGAUCUGUUUUUUUGUUAAUUUAAAUUGUGAAAAUGACUACAAAAUGCCAAUUUUAUGUCAUUUGAUAGUGUAUCACCUUUAUUAAUAGGCACAGUUUCAAAGAGGAUCAAAUAUUUGUUUUUCCAAAUACGUUUUUAAAAAAAUCCAUAGGUUGUACUUAUUUUUUCACAUGACUGUAUCUGUUUUUACUUAUUUGUAUUUUAUGGGAUUUUUAACUUCAUGGUUUUAUUUCACAUGUUGAACAUGUGAAAAUGUAUCUAUCGUCAAGAAUCAGCCUACUGUAUAUUUGUCUAUAGAUAGAUAUAUGUGUGUGUGUGUGUGUGUGU